AGCUUACUUUGUCAGCUCUUCCUCCUCACACAUGAUGCCCGCAGAUGACCAGCCGACUCGUGAAGAGAUCGAAGCAGCCCGAGUCGCUGCGAUGACCGCCGGCAAGACUGACAACGGUGACAAUGCUGAAGGAUCCGCUAAGUGGAAGGACUCUGGUGCCCCUGCGUGUUCUUCCCAAACCAUCACCGACCUAUCGAGUGGGCUGGCAGCCUUCCUUCAAAUGAGUCAAGACGGUACCAACAAACAGAACAAGUCCAUCCCCAAUCUUGAAGCCCUUCUCAGUGGCACUCCCUACCUUAGGGGUAUGUGCCACGACCUCCAUCCCGAAGACUCACUGGUCAAGGAGGUUCAUUCGAGUUGUCUGAGCAGUGGUCAUGCUGACAAGAUCAGACACGUUCUGGCGCUCCCGAUCAAGCGCUUCUUCCGGCCCAACGAGGAUCCCGGUAUGAUGAGCAAUGUCUUCAAAGCUCUAUUGAGAUGGUCUACUACCGUUGUUCUGAUCGGAAACUGCAAGGCCAACUCUGACAGUGAGUGCGACACAUUGCAGAUGGGACCACUUCUCACACAUCUGCUAAAUUGUGCUCAGGCCACCUCAAGGAAGUCCUUCGGUCCUAAUGGUCGAGCCUCGGGUCCUUAUGGCGCCAUCGAGUACCACAACCUCAUCCAAGAGAGGGUUGUCGACCUUUUGAGGCAAGGAAAGUCCUUGCCCAGAGCAAUGUUGAAGAUGGCCAAAUACCAUGACGAUCUCAGCAUUCGUGCUAGUGAAGCGGCCGCUGAAGCCAGGAGUAAGUCGCAGAGUAGCUCCAGAAGCAACUUAUCCGCUGAGACCAAACGCCGCGGUCAGAAGCAACACCGUAAGGGCGGAGACCGGCGUGAACCACCCAAUAAGAAGCCUCGUGGCGGUGAGAAAGGUGCCAAUCCUGAGGCCACGUCCUCGACCAAGGCUAAAGAUCACAAGUGA